GUGCUCUGCCCGUUUGAACCCAGUCACUGAGUUUCGCAAUGAUCGAGGAUGUAAUGGUGGAAGAAAGAGCGAAGUUUCAGUUGAAUUUGGCCAAGAUACUUGAGACUGAAGCCCUCUAGUAUCGAACUUUUCGUUGGCUGUUCGCUGGGAUUUCGCUUAUUUUAAAUUGGUUGUCAGUUACAUUAAUGUAGACGGGAGAAGAAGGACGUUGUCACCAGUACUCGACGAGGCUCGUAUAAGCCAACUACACUGUUGUUACAGCUAGGCCCGAAAUGAUUUGCCUUUGAAUUUAUUCGUUACAACAAAUUCGUGGCUAUUAUGUGGAUUUAACAGAUUUAAUCAAAUGAGCUUGGUGAUAGCUGCCGUCAAAUGUAAUAUUUAAGUCCUCGUUUGACCGUGGAGAGUUUAAUUUUCAUUUCAUCGAAAACGACUAGAGAACAGUGACUUGGUUAGCCAUUCUUUACCCAUCUUUGUCAUUUAUUGUAUGUGAAGGGAGCGAGACAACACAGGAAGGCAAAAAUAAAGAUACAUAAGCUUUGUGGCCGGGUUACUUGCAUCUGCAAGCUUCUUAAUCAUUCUCAUUCAUUCGAAGAAUUAUAUUCUUGUUAAAGCGCAAGUUACACCAAGGCUCACCCACAAAGUCAGUGAUAUAUGCGUUCUGAAGUAUUCUGAAUCUCAAACGAAUUCGUAACCUUUGGCAGAGAAAUAACAAACCUUGGAUUUCUACAAAUAAUAAUCAUCGUCAUUUAUGGAUUCUACCGUGAAUAUAUGGCAUAUCCAUCUCGGAUUUGUAUGUAAGUAAAAGAAAAGAUUCAGGAAGACCUGUUGUUAGUUCAUCCUUGAUAAUUGGCGCCUCUCCAUAACGUCAACUUCAAAGUAUGGGGAUCCGUUUUGGUAUUUCCUAUCAAUUUGCAUUCGCUACACACCUAUUCAAAACUACAAAGGAAAGAUAGAUAGUUUAUCUCUCUGUGUUUUGUAAAAUUAUUGUCAGGUUCCUUGUGAAAAAACCUCUCCUAUUUUUGUGGGAAAUCGUCAUCCAAUCGCUCUGAAGAUCGUACAUAUCUCAAUUACAGUGUAUUGAACACAAUUUAUCGCACUACUCACGAGUUUCUUUCGAUUUAGGAUUUAUCAGUGAGUUUUCUGGCAAAAUCAUCGUGUUUUGGCAAGCGAUAACAGUUCUUGCAAAUCAAAUUAAGAGCUGUCAAAAGAGCCAUGAUUGUAUCGCUUGGUCGCUUGUGGAAGAUGUUCAGUGUUAUGUCGGUGGUGGUUCUGUUCUAACAAAGAGAUUUCCAUGCUAGCAAGUUAGUGUGGAAAAUGGCUCAGAAAUUGGAUAACAUUGAUACUGAAAAGCCAAUGGUUAAUGGACAUGUUCCAUCUGUACCAAAGUCAUUGACAGAUGAUAACAUAAGCAUAAAAGAUGAGAACUCUAAAGAAAUCGAAUCACUGUCACAAGAAGAAUCACAAAAUGAUAAAAACGAAGGAGAUCUGAUAGCGGAAGGUGCCAAAGAUAAACCAACAGUUGUAACGCUUUCUGGAAAAGAAGAACAUGACAAGUAUAGAGAUGGUGAUGCUGAAGAGAAGGCUGUCGAUAGCAGUCCUGAUGGAAGGUUCCUCAAAUUUGCUGAGGAAAUUGGAAGGGGCUCUUUCAAGACUGUCUACAAAGGUCUGGACACUGAAACUGGAGUGGCUGUUGCCUGGUGCGAGUUGCAGGACAGGAAAUUGUCAAAAGGGGACAGAGGGAGAUUUAAAGAAGAGUCGGAAAUGCUGAAAACCCUUCAACAUCCAAACAUCGUCAAGUUCCACGAUUAUUGGGAAAGUCAAUCGGGAAAAGCUGGAAAAGAUCGAAAACUGAUUUUGGUCACUGAAUUGAUGACAUCUGGCACCCUUAAAACGUAUCUGAAACGUUUCAAGCUUGUAAAAGAGAAGAUUUUAAAGAACUGGUGUAAGCAGAUUUUGAAGGGGCUGAAUUUUCUGCACAAUCGUACUCCAGCCAUAAUCCAUCGAGAUCUGAAAUGUGACAACAUCUUCAUAAAUGGCACAACUGGACUCAUUAAAAUUGGAGAUUUAGGCCUUGCUACUUUUAAGAAAGCUUCGUUCGCGAAGAGUGUUAUUGGAACACCAGAGUUUAUGGCACCAGAGAUGUACGAAGAAAAGUAUGACGAAUCAGUCGAUGUCUACGCUUUUGGGAUGUGUAUGUUGGAAAUGGCAACGGGAGAAUACCCCUACAUGGAAUGUGAAAAUCCUGCGCAAAUAUUUCGUAGAGUAACAAGCGGCAUUCCUCCAGAGUCAAUCAAAAGAGUGACAUCACCGCUUGUCAGUGACGUAAUAGAAAAGUGCACUAAAAGAGGGAAAGAACAGAGGUACACGAUCAAAGAUCUGUUAGAGCAUGAGCUUUUCCAGGAUGAAAUCGGCAUGAAAGUCGAGCUAGCCAAGCCUAUGAACGAGAUACCUAAAGGCACGCAGGUAAUACCAAUGCAGUUAUACCUCGAUGAUCGCAAGAAAAGAGACUUGCAUAAAGGCGACGAGGCAAUUGCUUUUGAAUUCAUGGCUGGUAACGAUGACCCGGAAGAAAUCGCUAAGGAAAUGGUUCGGCAAGGAUUGCUGUACGAAGACGAUGUCAAAUCGGUCACCAAAGUUGUAAGGGCUUGCAUCAUGAAACUGACGAAAGAGUGGGAUAAAGCAUCUGAUCCAAAGCUAUCAGAAACAGCAGAUGUGGAUGCAUUAGUAACAGGGAACAACCAACUCCAAGAUGCUCAAAGAAGGGCUGGUACUAUGACGAACAGCGAAUUGGUUUAUCAGAGAUCUGACAGUACUAGCAGUGGAAAUGGAAUGCAACACGGGGCAUCAUGUCCUCCAGCAUGUCCCCAACCGUUUGAACAACAGCAAAACACACACAGGUCGCAGUCAGGGAAUGACCUUGUGAGCCAUGGGGAUAGCCAGGUCUUUGAUGGUGAAGGAGCGUCAGCUCCACCGCCUGCGCGGCCAAGGGCAGUUAAAUCUUCGGUGUCCGAUUUAAGCACUAUUAGUGAAUCCGAUCCACUGAAAAACGACGCGGCAGUUGUACGGAAGGAAAGUGGUGGCCAAGAUGUUUUAGAGAAGUCUCUGCCAAGACCCCCUUCUGGAAGCAUUCACCAAUCGUUCUCUCAGACCUCACUUUCGUCGAUGGAUAGUGUCUCAAGCGAUGCUUCCAAAGCAGAAGGCCAAUCCCAGCAGUCGAGACCAAAGGAAAAAACGAAAGUAAAAAAAGACAGAAUGCCCAAGGUGACGUUGCAGAUGGUGUCUACAGAUGAAAAUGUUGCUGUCUGUUUGUUUGAUACUUUUAAAGGAGUGAAGAUCACGUUCAAGUUUGGAAUCCAUGACGAUGAGCCAGAAGAAGUAGCCGAAAAAAUGAUCGAGGCUGGCCACCUUAGGCAGGAGAACACUAUGAUUUUUACAGAGCAGAUCAAGCGAAUUGUGAAAGAGGCAGAGAAAAUGAUUAGUGAAGAAAAUUCCAAAGGCUCAAAUGAAGCCAGCCAAACGAAACUCGAAGAGCCGAAAAUGAACGACCAGGUCAAACAGGGAUUGGAAGGAGAGAAGGAAAGGUCAGCUAGUGUUUCAUCAGAGGCUAAUGCCGAUGUUGAUAAAACACCUGUGGAGGAGAACUCGGCUACAACAAAUAAAGACCCCCUGAAGACAAGUCAGGAAGAAAGUGUGAAAUUAGACAACGAAAAUAGUGCUGCGGAAUCAUCUUCAAGCGAGUCCCAAACCCAGAAGGCAACGCUUGGAAGAUUUGCAGUUUCAAAAAUAAACCGAGAACAAUCAACUCAGCUUUCAAAAGACCAAACUUUUGAAGAAGAAACUGAUAAGGCAUCGAACAGCGUUGAAAGUAAUUUAGAGAAGCGUAACAUAGAUCUAGGAAAUCUCGCACAACACGAACCAACGACUGUUAAAACAGAAAUUCAUAAAAACGGCGACAGGUCACCAGAAAUUCAUGCAACUGUUUCUUGUGAUUUUAACAAGGUUCAACUUGUUCGAGCUGAAAGCAGGUCAUCGGAAAUGCCGGAUGGCAAGAUAAACACUGAUGAUUCAUCUCAAGAAAAGUGUGUGCCGCGGGAGGCAGUUGAUACCUCUGGGGAUAAAGCAGUUAAAGGCCGUUUUCUUGUAAAGCAAGUAACAAAACCUGAAGAGCCUGAAAAGGAAGCUGAGAAGGAGCCAUUAGAGGCUCAAAAGGCUACAGAAAGUGUACAAAGACCAAUGGAGGUAGCUCGGAGAAAUUCAGACGAAUUGCAAAAGGGCAAAGAGGCAACACAAAAAGUCGUUGAUCUUCAGCCCUCUGUUGAGGAUCAAGGACCCCGUACACAACAACAGCUUGUAGCUAGUACUGAAGUAAGUAAAACGGUUGUGAAGAGAACCAAGUCACUUGAAGACAAACUCCCGAAAAAAGCUGACAAGGGACUUGAAAAUUCGCAACAAAAAUCAGUUGUUGAGAAUCAAGGAAAACCCACAAACCAAACUCCGGUUAAGUCUCAAAACGAUUCGAAAACUACCCGGCCAGCGCAGCCUUUAUUUAGAGUUGGCAGUGGAGAAGAGGUCGAUGAGGCCAAGGUCACACUUAAAAAGGAUUCACCGAGGGAAAGUCCUCGCAAGUGUUUGUCACCGGUAAAUGACAGUGGAAGGGCAGGAUUUUUAGACUGUGGUGACGUUCUGAAGGCGUCCGACCCUUCCAUUUUCACUUACAAUGCAGAUAUUGUGAAUGAUAAAUCAGUUGCUCCUGAUUUGAUAUCUGAUACUAGCAGUGUAGCAAGUAGUUGUCUGGAUUCACCAGGAAUUACUCCGUGGAGUUCCUUCGAGAAUUUGUUAAACAGCGACGCGAUGAAGCUCACACGACCCCCGACUGAAAAAGUGCUCUUCGAGCGAAGUACAAGUUACACAAACGUUGUGAAUGAAUUUUUAGCUGACAAGACACCCGAAGAUGCUGGCGCUUUAAAAGCCUUCCUGUCCUGCAGUGAUGAUUGGAAGAAACUCAUUAACAAACAAAUGAGAGAUAUGCAAGAACUUCGCAGAAGGCAGCGAGAGGAACGUGACUCAUUCUUGGAAAAGGCGGUCCGUCAAUUACAAAAAACGAACAUCGCAGGGGAAACCCCCCAUUCGCUAUCGGCUUAUGAUAUUAGUCGUCACACGUAUGAUCUCAGCAAAGGGGCGGAAAGUAGUCGUUCGACGCCUGAUCUCAUUAAAGAAUCACAGUUUUCGAAUUCAACUGGUUCUGGACCUGUAACUGCUAAGCAGUCGUCAUUAGAAUCCUCUCAGGGGGACCAGAUUGAAAAGCGACCAUCGAAAAUAAGUGGUGAUUCGAAACUAAACGAACUUACUAUGAGGCAAAUCGACUCCAUGGCGUGGACACGGACCAAGAGUACGAUGAUGAAUACGAAAACAGACGCUAAAGGAGCUAGGCCGUCGCUUAACCAGCUCAAAUUGAACCAACAGCAACAGAUGGCAAUGGUGUCUGCAGGACAACAGGGCCAGAAAAGUAGUACUGGCCUAGUUAACAGCAAUUACCCAGCGAACAGUAUGACUGAAGCGAAUCAAAUGCAACAGAAAAAGCGACAGCAAGAUACCAACUCGUCAUCGGGUCAAAAGGAACCUAAAACUGGGUAUACGUCUGCGAGUCAACAACCAGUAACAUCCUCAGUCGUACCAUACACUCACUCCAAUCAAAAUUCGGCGCCACAGCUUACAGGGAGUCAAGGCUCUGUUGCCCAAAACCCUGUGACACAUUUGCCAGUCACAUGUGGCACUCAAUCGCUUAUGUCGGUGGCUACUGGACAUGAAUCGUCUUCAACGAUGACAACCUCCGGGUUUGCGUCAUCACAAAACUCGAAUAAGAUUGACCAAUGGUACAAAAGUAGUAAUAUGAAAUAGUAAUGGUUACAACCGAAGCGGUUAAAAAAUUAUUAAGAUAUAUUUCUCAACCUUCAGAAUUCGUGUACACUUUUUGGAAUCAUUUGUUAAUGGAAUAAUUUUGUACUUGGCAUGCAUAAGUUCUUGGUUGACUGCAGUUUCAGAGUCAAGAAUCGGUCAAGAGCAUCUCCUCUGUAUUUGCCCGUCAGUGUCUAUGCAAAGUUUUUCUUUUAUCUUUUCUGAGGUAAUGCCAUAGUGCUGUUUUUCUCAGAAUUAAAACGAUGUAUUGCGGUCCAGUUAUAAAAGCAUUUUUUUUCUAAUCUACUGAUGUAUUCGCAUGUACGAAGGAGCUGUUCAUUGUUAAAGAAAUUGGGCAGAAAUUGGAUGUUUGUUCAAGCUGGGCCGUUAGCUCAGUCUGAUUUAACGCCGUUAAUUUUCGUAAAAUAUUCCUUUUCAAUUAGAAGACAGUAAUAAUUUACUCUAUUUUAUUGAGAUAUUUCCAAGAAUAUUAAUGUUAGUCGAUGAUUGAAAUUUUAUUGUAAACAAUUAUCGCUGCAGAAACGAAGGAUAAGUGCCCCAAAUUAGUAUGUGUUUAAUUCCGGGGGAAAAAGUUAGUCUUUAAAUCCAAUUCAGUCGCUUUUAUCCACAAUGUGGCAUAAAAUGGCAUUUUAAGAUGAAAAACAUUCAGUCUUUUUUAAGUUAUCGGUGCUAUUCAAGAGGUUUUUUAACAAGCCAACAAUCUGCUUGAAUAUGUAGCCAAUUCUAAUAUGCAAUAAUGCAUUCUCAAGAAUCAGAUCGCUCACAGACAGGUUGGAAAGCCUCUUUACUAGCAAUGGUAUUCUUUCUAUUCAUCUUUCGGUUACCCGACCCCUGAAUCAUUUAUACAUCUAAUGAUCAUAUUAAGAUCAGAUUCAAUUCGCAAAAUCGAUGGGCGUUAGAGCUCAUUGCAGGUUCGGUAGGGAGCUUUUGCUUGCUCAGAGUUUUAAAAGAACGGUUUUCUACAGCAUCGUUGUGUUUAUGUCUUGUUUUAAAAUUUAUCAUCAUUUUAAUUGUUUCCUUUAUUUUAUUCCCACUCGAAUGUGCCUAGAAUGAUCUUCUCGAUGUGUUAUCCAAGAUACUUGUUAAGAAUAAGCUUUGCUUUAAUUUGUGAUCAAAGUACUAGAGUUUUCAACGUAUUCCAUUUAGAAAAAGUUUUAAAGACAUCCCUCAACCACACAUAAACCAAUCUGUACUGAAACAUCACUUGAGAACCUAUGGAAAUGAAUUAUUUUACUUACACCACGGGCAACGGAUACUAGUCAACAUGUAUACUGCUCUAGUUUAUCAUAUGAAGGUUUUUGAUACUUCAGUUCUAAGUUGUACCUUUUUUUCUCCCCAUCAAUACAUGGGUGUCACCACACCCACUGCGCAUGACCGUCAAUUUGUCUAACCUUUGACAUCCCUAGCUUUAGCCUGCAAAAACCGUAUAUAUUUAUAUGUAAAACGAAAUUUCGUACAACGUGCUUUGAUGUUCGAGAGACUUUUAAAGAUUUCCUGUACCACAGAUAUAUUACCCUGUCAGUCUUUAGAUGCUUUCAAAUCAAAAUUUAGUACCCCAGAAUAAGUUAACAUAUUUAAUUCAUCUAUCUUUUUGUAUUUUGUACGAACUCGUCCAGAUAUUUGUUGGAUUUAUCGUGGCAAAUACCGUUUUUGCCCUGAUCUGUUGACCGAAGUAAUUUCUAUUUCUGCAUGCAAUGAGAAUUAGCAACUCCAAUCGA